GAUAAGAUUAUUAGUUGGAACGAUACGUUCAUAACUCAAAACUUACGUGGAUUAGUUUUCAGUCAUUGAAAAUGUUUUUAUUGUGUUAUUUAACUGUUGCAAUAAUGAGUUUUUGGUAUCUCCUCAUAUUAUAUAAACAUUUUCGUAAGAUCAAAGUGAUAACAACUGAAGCCAAAUUUUAUCAACAAGCGCCAGGUCCUUUGCCUUGGCCAAUACUUGGUAAUCUACAUUUGUUAGUUUCCCAAAAGCCUACUACGGAAUUACUUACAGACCUUUCUAAAAAAUUUGGAAGCAUGUAUUCGUUAACACUGGGAGCUACCAAAUGUAUCGUUAUAAAUAAUUUGGAAUUGAUCAAAGAAGUACUUAAUCAAAAUGGAAAGUUUUUCGGAGGACGACCCAAUUUCAUAAGAUACCAUCACCUCUUUGGAGGAGACAGAAAUAAUUCUCUAGCCCUUUGUGAUUGGUCAAAUCUGCAAAAAAAAAGGCGCAAUCUAGCGAGAAAAUAUUGUUCACCGCGGGACACAUCUCCUUAUUAUAUUAAGAUGUCAAAUGUUGGAUGUUCAGAGAUAAAAAUUCUGAUAGAAAAACUUAAUGAAGCAAUUAAUAAUAAUAAGCCAAUACCGAUAAAGUCGUUUGUUCAACGAGCUUGUGCAAAUAUGUUUUUUCAAUACAUGUGCUCUGUGCGUUUUGAAUAUAAUGAUCAUGAUUUCUGUGAAGUAGUUGACUUUUUCGACGAAAUCUUUUGGGAAAUAAACCAAGGAUAUGCGGUUGACUUCUUACCAUGGUUGGCACAGUUCUACAAAAACCACAUGAGUAAAUUAAUUCACUGGUCAUCUACUAUCCGCAGUUUUAUUUUAAAACGUAUUAUUAAUAAAAGAGAAGAGUUAAUCUCCUCUCAACCUCAAGAUGAUUUUACGGAUGCUUUACUCAAUAGCCUCAUUCAGGAGAAAAAAGUUUCACGCGAUACAAUAUUGUUUAUGUUAGAAGAUUUUAUUGGAGGACACUCAGCGGUUGGAAAUUUAGUUAUGCUUACUCUGAUAUAUUUGAUUAAACAUCCCAAUGUUGCCAAGAAAAUCCAAUUAGAGGCCGAUUCAGUUUCAUGUAAAGGACAGCGAAUAAUCAGCUUUUAUGACAUCGAUUCUAUGCCUUUUACUAUGGCUACAAUAUUCGAAGUCCUCAGAUGUUCGUCCUCUCCGAUAGUACCACAUGUGGCAACUGAAGAUACUGUAAUAUCCGGUUAUGGUGUUGCAAAAGACACUAUUGUUUUUAUUAAUAACUACAACCUAAAUCACAAUAAAUUGUACUGGAAGAAGCCUAAUUGUUUCCAACCAGAAAGGUUUUUGGAAUACUCCGUUGAGAAAACCGAACCGAAGCCAACCUUGAAUGUAUUAAGAAAUUGUGAGAAAUCGGUAAAGGGAGAGUCUUUUAGAAACACAAUUAACAAAACUAAAAACGAAGUCAAACAAAUAAGAAAAAAUAUGCCAUAUUUUUUACCAUUCAGUAUAGGAAAAAGAACGUGUAUUGGGCAGAAUUUAGUACGUGGUUUCGGUUUUAUUUUAGUAGCAAACAUAUUAAGGCAAUUUAAUGUAUAUUAUGAAAAUGGCAAUAACAUAGAAAUAAAUAUAGGAUGUAUCGCACUUCCGGCAAAACCGAUUCCAAUAGCUUUAGUUAAAAGAAAUAAAAAUAUUUAAAAAAAUUACUAUAUAUGAAAUUAAUGCUCCUAAAUAUGUCAUGCAUCUCUAGGUUACUUAUUGCUUCAACACUGUUUCUAAAAAAUAAUAAUAUUUUUUUUCUUGCAUAUAUUUAAAUAUGAUCGUUCUUACAAUGAUUACACAGUUCACAUUCAAUUAUUAUUUUGGUGAUUUUCUUAAGUAAAUUGGGGUAAUAAUACUGUAAUUUAAAACAUUUCGCAACCAUUCCUAUACCUUGAUGAAUUCCAUUUAAAUGAAUUUCAAGUACUCUACUUUUAAAAUUUGAAAAAUCUGUAAUGUUUUCUAAUUCUUUUGUAGACCGAUAAAUCUUGUUGUGCCUUGUUGUUAUUAGUGUCUUAGUAUAAACGUUUUGAAACUGUAUAAAAUCAAUA